AUGACAAGUGAAAAGAUGAGUUCAAGGCGCGAUGAUAGCGUAUUUACGGCGAUACAACAACCGGCACCGAUGCAACAAGACGGGAAUAUGGCGACCAAUUGGCGUGAAUGGAAAAUGGCAUUCGAUUGUUUCUUAAUUGCUUCUGGAAAAGAAUCAGCUUCGUCAAAGGAGAAGUGUGCACUUUUCAUGCAUGUUAUUGGAAAAUAUGGAAGAGAAAUUUUUGAAGAACUAGAUAUACCGGAUAUUGAAUUUGAUUAUGAAAAAUUAUGCAUUACGUUUUGUGAACACUGCGACCCAAAGAAAAAUGUUAAUUACGAACGGCACAUAUUUUUCGAAACAUAUCAAGCUGAAGAUAAUUUUGAUAAAUUUAUUGGUGCCUUAAAAAUAAAAAGCAAGAAUUGUGAGUUUGGAUUAUUAAAAAACAGUUUAAUAUUAACUCAGUUGAUACGUGGAAUUAAAGAUGCCCAAAUGAGAGAAAAACUGUUGGCAAAAUCAUCAAUGUCCUUGGAUGAGGCAAUACAGUGGUGUCGUGCAGCGGAACGUGCUACAGAACAGGCAGCGGCGUGUUGCAGUCGACAACCGAACAUCAGUGUGGAGCAGAUGACGAGGCAAACGAGGACUACUUCAGCACAACGCCAGUGGUAUAACCCAGGUGCUAAUGUCAGGACUCGCGGCGGUGAUGGGAGGCUGGCUACGUCGGGGAGGCGCGCGUUUGGACUACAACCGCAGUGGCGCAGCGGUGACAACGGAGCGGCUGGCCGCGGCCGGUAUACAGGUUCACCUGUAUGUACUAAAUGUAAUUUACUGCACAAGGUUAGUGAUCGCUGUCCGGCUUUUUCAAUGAGAUGUUAUCGUUGUGAUAAAAUCGGUCAUUUCGCGAAAUGUUGUAAAAUAAAAUUUACACAUGAAGUGACAGAAGUAACUGACACCCCUGAGUACAAAGAUAAUAAUGAGUUGUUAUUGUAUAAUAUUAGUAUAGACACUUUGUGUAAACAGUACGAGUCGUGGUAUGAAAAUGUUAUAGUGAAUGGUGUAAACUUAUACUUUAAAUUAGAUAGUGGCGCCGAUGCGUCUGUCAUGUCUUUAUUUUCUUAUAAUAAUGCAGGAUUUAAGGAAUGUCAACUUAGUAAGUGUGCCACAGUAUUAAGAGAAAUAAGCAAAAAUAAAUUGCCCGUGAUUGGUUACUUCGAUGCUAUGAUACAAUAUAAACAACGUAGUUGUAAAGAAAGAAUUUAUGUGUUAGAAGUUAACUGCAAUAAUUUAUUAAGUUUAAGGGCGUGUGUAUGUUUAGAAUUAAUAUUGCGGUCUAAUGAAUUAUCUGUAAACGGUAUGUACAUUGAUGAGUCAGUCUUUCAAGGUAUGGGUUGUUUGCCGUCUGUUUGUAAAAUCGUUAUCGACGAAACCGUACCGCCCGUGGUAAAUGCCACCCGUAAAAUUCCUAUUAAGUUGCGUCCUAGAUUAAAACAGGAACUUGAUAACAUGGUAAAACAAAAUAUAAUAAUUAAAGAAGAGGGCCCAACCGACUGGGUAUCGAAUAUUGUAGUAGUAGAGAAGCCUGAUAAGUCAUUACGUGUAUGUUUGGAUCCUAGGAAUUUAAAUAGAGCUAUUAAACGAAGUCAAUUUCUGCUGCCUACACUGGACGAAAUUGCUAGUAAUCUGUCUGGAGCUAAGUAUUUCUCUAAAUGUGAUGCUAAGAAGGGCUUUUGGAUGCAAAAAUUGGAUGAUUGUAGUUCUAAGCUUUGUACGUUUAGCACGCCGUUCGGAAGGUAUAGAUUUUUAAGAAUGCCGUUUGGUAUUAAUUCAGCUCCGGAAAUAUUCCAUAAUGAAAUGUAUAAAAUAUUUAAAAUUGAGGGUGUCGAAGUUUACAUAGACGACCUAUUAAUAUGGGGUAAAACUCGUGAGGAACAUGACUCACGAUUAAGGGAGGUAAUUCGUAGGGCUAAAGAAAACGGUGUAAAAUUUAAUAAAGAAAAAUGUUUAUUUGGUUCAAAACAAGUAACGUUUUUAGGUCAUAUUUUUAGUGCUAGUGGGAUGCAACCAGACAAUAAUAGGGUCAAAGCUAUACUGGAUAUUCCAACACCUAUAGACAGAAAGGAACUAGAACGGUUUUUAGGCGUAACUAAUUAUUUGUCCCGAUUUAUACCUAAUUAUUCAGACAUUGCAUCUCCAUUGCGCGAAUUAUUAAAAAAGAAUAUACUUUUCGAGUGGCUUGAGGUACAUGAAAAAUCAUUUAGAUUAUUAAAAGAUAAAAUUAGCAGCGCCCCUGUAUUACGUUAUUAUUCUCCGCACGAACCGGUUACUGUAUCAGUGGAUGCCAGUUCGCGCGGGCUGGGUGCAUGCUUACUGCAGGGGGGGCAGCCGGUAGCAUACGCGGCGCGCACACUUACACCGGCUGAGUCGAGAUGGGCACAGAUUGAAAAAGAAAUGCUGGCCGUAGUUUUCGGAUGCCUUAGGUUUCACCAAUACGUUUACGGACACGAUAAGGUUACAAUCGAGAGUGACCACAAACCGUUAGAGGCCAUUUUGAAAAAACAAUUGAAUGAAACUCCGGUCCGGCUUCAACGAAUGCUAUUAAAACUGCAACGUUAUUCCGUACAAUUAAAAUAUAAACCAGGUAGAUUAUUAUAUAUAGCCGAUACACUAUCUCGCGCGGCAACGGAUCGAAGUAGGGAUGACGAUGAAACGUAUGAUGAAGUGAUGAUACAUGUUAACACGUUAUAUGAAAAUGUUGAGGCGAGUUCUAUAAUGUUAAAUAAAAUUAAAGAGGAAUCAAUAAAGGACGUGGUCUUAAAUAAAGUUUCGGAUUAUUAUUUUACAGGUUGGCCAUCUAACAAAAGAGAUGUAACUUCUUUAAUAAAACCUUUUUGGAAUGUUCACAAUGAAAUACAUGUAGUUAAUAGUAUUUUAUUCAAAGGGGAUAGGGUUAUUAUACCAGAUUCGUUGCGUAAUGAAAUGUUAUCCCGGAUACACGAGGGACAUUUAGGUGUAGAAAAAUGUCAGAGAAGAGCGCGUGAAGUCAUAUGGUGGCCGGGUAUGUCUGCCGCCAUUGAACGUGCGGUACUUAACUGUCAGACUUGCCAACGGCACCGCGCGGCCAACCCUCGCGAGCCGCUGGUGCCACAUCCUAUUCCUCGCCUACCCUGGGAAAUCGUGGCGGCCGAUAUAUUCGAGUUCAAAAAUAAAUACUAUUUGUUAGUCGUAGAUUACUACUCAAAAUUUUUAGAAGUUACACAGAUACCUAACUUAUUCAGUUCAUCGGUUAUACAUGUCAUGAAAGAUAUUUUUAGUCGCUUUGGAAUACCGGAAAAACUUGUUACUGAUAACGGCACCCAAUUUACGUCACAAGAAUUUUGUAAUUUUUCUAAGUCUUGGGAAUUCAAUCACGUGACUAGCUCGCCACUUUAUCCCAGGUCAAAUGGUCUCGCAGAGCGUAAUGUACGAACUAUAAAAACAUUAUUACUUAAAUCUCACGAAAAUGGUGAAGACUGGCAUUUAGCGUUACUUAAUUUUAGAAAUACACCAAUUACAGGGGAGGUUUAUUCACCAGCACAGUUAUUAAUGAACCGCCGAUUGAAAACCAAGCUACCUACUACCGAUAAGUUGUUAGAAUCCAAUCCAGUUUCUUAUAAUGAUAACUUUAAAUAUAGAUUAAAUAAUAUUAAAAAAGGCAAAAAGUAUUAUGACCGUGGUACACGAAAUUUAGUGCCAGUGUAUCCCCACGAAAUGGUACGCAUGAGGCAGAAAAAUGUAUGGGUAAAGGCCAAGGUUAAAAAACAAGAGCAUGGUAAUCGUUCAUACUGGUUGGAAACUGAAAAUGGUGGAAGGUACCGUAGAAACCGUACGGAUAUUUUAAAAUUACCUAAUUCGAAAAGCGAUUGCGUAAUAAAUCGUAAAGAGAAUAAUUAUUAUAGUAAGUAUUUAGAUUGGGACGAUAGUGAGCCGGUGCCAUCAACGAGUUCAUCCUUUCGCGUAACGGGACACGGCAACGAGGCCAAAACUCAGGAGGACAAUACUCAGGGUGUUCAGGCACAGAUUGUCCACUCCAGAGGCACUGGAUAUCGCUGCACUGCUGCGGACCCAGGGCGUCUAGACGUGGACGUAGACUUAAAUAUAUGA